CAACAUCUAACCACAAAUCAAUAUUUUUAGAUAGUUUGAAGGAUGAAGUUUGUUAUACUGCUGGCAAUUCUGGCAUGCUUGUGCACCAUCUCAACCCCAAUACAGUGCUACACGUGUGGACCUAAUUCCGGAGUGGAAGGUGUAUGUGAUUCAGACAAUAUUGGAGAGAAGAAAACGUGUGAAGAAACUGGAGUGUGUAUGAUAAAACAUUCGACAAACAACAAGGAUCAAUGGAUGAGAACUUGUGGUGAAUCGUCACAUCCUACAGGAUGCAAAGAAUCUAAUGGAACCACUGAGUUUUUCUGUGACGUUGAUCUAUGCAAUGGUAAGUUUAGUACCUGCAGCGGGGCACUUGAUACACCCCUAGGGAGCACUAUUCUACUCUCACUCUCUUCAUUUAUAUUAAACUUGAUCAUGUAAUUUCUUAUUAGCUAAGAUAAAAAUAAAAAUGUAAUUAUA